AUGAAAGAUGCAGAACAGAAAUUCCACUCCCGAUUUGUAAACUUGACGGAGGUUUACAUCAAUGAGCAAGAAGCAGAACUAUUAAGAAAAGGCCUCAAACACAACAUUGAAAGUUACAACCAAAAGAGGGAACUUGAACAAACUAUCGUGGAUACUGAAGUUAUUAUAUCACGGCUUCCAACUGAAGAACAGGAGCACGCCAGACACAUAUGUCGGCACAUAAUUGAAAAAGACAUAAAUGCCAAGAAAACUAGGAAGCAGAAGAACGAAAACCAAACCAUAAAAGGGCUCAAAGAAAAGCUAAGGGCAAACAAUGUUAUAACCACAAAAGCAGACAAAGGGUGCAAUAAAUUGGGAAAAGAUCCCACUGAAGAAUACCAAGCAGCAAUAAAGAAUACCAUAAAGAAAAGCACAACCAUAAUAAAGGAUAAUCUACCAUAUAGACUAACACUUAUGAACCCGAGUGUCCCUCCGUUGAUUGCCUUGCCAAAGACACACAAACCAGGCACCCCGAUGAGACCUAUUAUUAAUUACAAGUCUGCUCCCGGAUACAGACUCUCCAAGCACCUAAAGACGCUGCUGAAGGAUAGUCUGGAUCUACGCAAUAAAUAUACUGUUACAAAUACAACGGAACUAAUCGAGAAGAUGAAAUCGUUGAAGAUCAACGAAAACACUAAAUUCGUAUCAUUCGACAUCAAGGACCUUUACCCAUCGAUACCAACAAUAGAAACCAUAAAGACCGUACAAGAAAUACUGAUGGGAAAAAUGAAAAGAGAAGCUGUCACGGAAAUAAUAAACGCGUUGAAGGUCACAUUAAAACAAAACUACUUCCGGUUCAACAAUAAGAUAUAUAAACAGAUUAACGGGUUAGGAAUGGGCAAUCCGACGUCAGCAAUACUCAUGGAAGUAUUCAUGCAAACACUGGAGGAGAAAUACAUGAAAAACCUAUCGACCAACCUAGGAGUAAAAUUCUACGCGAGAUAUGUCGAUGAU